CCUUCAAGCAAUAUAAUCAUCCGAUUUCUAAAGCACGAUAAGAUGCUGCAAGGAAGUGCGACCACGGUCUGUUAUAUAAAUUUUACGGAAGACGUUGACACGAUUCAUCCAGCUAUCGCCGCUUUUCGAUUUACCGGACGUUUCACCUGAGGUGCGCGCGAGGAACCUGCAGUCACCCUUCCGACGCCAAAGAGAAAACACCUGUUGUGAGUCCCCAGCCAUCCGCCACCAUGGUCGCCACGCUCUAUUACAUGAAGCCCUCCCCUUUCACCCGACCGGUCCUCCUGACUAUGAAGGCCCUUGGGGUCACACUGGACCUCAAGGAAGUCAAUACCUUCAAGGGAGAGCAGCUGAAGCCUGAGUUCGUGGCCAUCAACCCGCAGCACACCGUGCCCACGCUGGUCGACGGAGACCUCACCGUCUGCGAAAGCAAAGCCAUCUGCACGUAUUUGAUAGCCAAGCACGGAAAGGACGACGACCCGCUCUACCCGAGGGACCCGAAGGUGCGCGCCAGGGUCGACAGCCUCCUGUACUUCGACAUGGGGACCCUCUGGUCUCGCUUCAGCGCCUACUUUUUCCCGAUCCGCUCCGGCAAGGCGACGCCCGAGGCGUCCCAGGAGAGCCUGGACAAGUUCCACGAGGCGCUGGGCUGGCUGGACGGCUUCCUGACGAGGGGGCGCUUCGCCGCGGGGACCGACCACGUGACCAUCGCCGACCUGGUGCUCGUGGCCAACGUGUCGGGCUUCGAGGCGGGCGGCCUCCUGCCCGACAAGUACUGCAAUAUCCGGGCGUGGCUGGACAGGUGCAAGAGCGAGGUGGCCGGCUAUGAGGAGGCCAACGGCGAGGGAGUCAAGUUCUUUGGCGAGUUCGUCAAGUCGACGCUGAAGGGGGCCCACGGAGGUGGCGGCGUGCCCGAGGGAGUGAGUCAAGGUCAGAAUGCCCCGCCCCUUGAUGCUGACGUCAUGAUUACAAGCAGGCCGUGCGAAAACGGCGAUAGAACAAAUCCCGUCAAAGUUAUAAUUCGCGUGAAAGUUUGUCUUGGUAAGCUGCUUGAGUUAGACUAUAUUAUAGCCUGGCACUUCGUUUCCCUCCACAGCGCCAGGAUGACCAUCGACUUCUACUACUUCUUGCCGUCGCCCUUCUGCCGCUCCGUCCUGCUCACCGCCCGCGCCCUCGGACUCAACCUUAACCUAAAGGAGACUGACGUGUGGGAGGGAGAGCAGAAGAAGCCCGAGUUCGUUGCCCUGAAUCCCCAGCACAGCGUCCCCACUCUAGUCGACGGAGACUUGACGUUGUGGGAAAGCCGGGCAAUCUGUACCUACCUGGUGUCUCGGUACGGCAAGGAUGACUCCCUUUACCCGCGGGACCCGAAAGUGAGGGCCAGGAUCGACGGCCUCCUGUACUUCGAUAUGGGGACACUGUGGCCUCGCUUCAGGAACACUCUUAGCGCCAGCCCGACGCAGGAGAGCCUGGACAAGUUCCACGAGGCCCUGGGCUGGCUGGACGGCUACCUGGGCCGAGGCCGCUUCGCCGCCGGGACCGACCACGUGACCGUCGCCGACCACGUGCUGGUGGCCAACGUGGCUUCGUUCGAAGCGGCCGGACGCCUGCCGGGGACGCACCAGCAAAUCGGCGCCUGGAUGGAGAGAUGCAAAAGGGAGAUGGCCGGCUACGAGGAGGCCAACGGCAAGGGCGCGAGGAGGCUUGCCGAGCGCCUCCGGGCGACGCUGAGCGGCGGUUCGUAGGGAGGGGCGGGGCAUGAGUCGGGCAUUGUGAAGGAGCGGCGAUGGGACAGCCACUGGACUAGAUCGUAUUCGGGCUCAGAUAUAUGCAUACCUAUAUUUAUAUAUACAUACAUACAUAUAUAUAUAUAUAUAUGUGCGUGUGUGUAUAUAUAUAUGUAUAUAUAUAUAUAUAUAUAUAUAUAUAUAUAUAUAUAUAUGUAUGUGUGUAUGUAUGUAUGCAUGUGCGUCUGUGCGCACACGUGUGUGCAACGUGAGUGUGAGUCCAGAAGAGGACGGAACACCUGUUCUGAUGAGGAAUAAAUAAAAGAACUGUUAAAU